AUGAUAAUCAGGAAUCCAUUAAGAAUGAUCGGCAAAACCUAUCAUGAUGCUGUUACCGCAUUAAAUUCGUUACAGUCCAAUUAUGCCAAUAUCAUGGCUAUCCGCCAAACAGGUGAUCGUAAAAACAUCAUGACAUUAUUGGAAAUGCAUGAAUGGUCCAGACGAAUUGGUUACUCUUCAUCAGACUUUAAUAAAUUGAACAUCGUUCAUAUUACCGGAACAAAAGGUAAAGGCUCCACGGCCGCAUUUACUUCAUCCAUUUUGGGCCAAUAUAAAGAACAGCUUCCUCGUAUCGGGCUAUAUACAUCUCCACAUCUGAAAUCAGUGAGAGAAAGGAUAAGAAUUGAUGGUGAGCCAAUCUCCGAAGAAAAGUUUGCCAAAUAUUUCUUCGAAGUUUGGGACCGUUUAGAUAAAACAACGUCUUCAUUGGAUAAAUUCCCACACAUGGUCACAGGAAGUAAGCCCGGCUAUUUCAAAUUCCUCACAUUACUUUCGUUUCACACUUUUAUACAAGAAGGGUGUAAAAGUUGUGUCUAUGAGGUCGGUGUUGGGGGUGAAUUGGAUAGCACUAAUAUAAUUGAGAAACCUACUGUCUGCGGUGUUACCUUGUUGGGAAUAGACCAUACUUUCAUGCUAGGUGACACUAUUGAAGAAAUUGCUUGGAAUAAAGGUGGGAUUUUCAAACCUGGAGCACCGGCUUUUACUGUCGAGGAACAGCCUCCUAAAGGGUUGGAAGUGUUGCAAGAAAGAGCAGAGGAACGCAAAACAACGUUAACAGAAGUACCUGUAUUCAGACAGUUGCAAGACGUCAAGCUCGGAAUUGCUGGGGACUUCCAAAAAAGUAACGCAUCUCUCGCCGUCAUGUUGGCUUCCGAAGUCUUAAGUGCAUGCAAAAUAUUAAACAAGAAAAUUUGUUGUAACCCAGAUGCACCACUUCCUGAAAAAUUUAUAGAUGGUCUAAAAAGCACUAAGUGGGAAGGUAGGUGCCAAGUUCUUGAAAGAGGGAAAGACACAUGGUAUAUUGAUGGAGCGCACACCAAAGAUAGUAUGGUGGCAGCUUCUACAUGGUUCAGAGAAACUGUUCGCUCUUCGAACAAGAAGAAAAUUCUUCUUUUCAAUCAACAGAGUAGGGACGCUAAGGCUCUUAUAGAUAAUUUACACGCAUCUGUUUCUCCGGAUGUCAAUUUUGAUGAUGUGAUAUUCACCACAAACGUCACCUGGAAAUCAGGUUCAUACAGUGCCGAUCUUGUUUCCAUGAACACUUCUCAAGAAGAUGUAGAAAACCUGAAAGUCCAAGAAUUAUUGGCUAAGGACUGGACUGAAAUCGACAAAAAUCAUGCUCGUGUACAUGUGACUCCGAAUAUAGAAACAGCAAACGAAUUGAUUGAAAAAUCAUACGAUUGCCCUGUUGAGAUAUUUGUAACCGGUUCGUUGCAUCUCGUUGGCGGAUUGUUGGUUGUCUUUGAUAGACUAGAUGAAAAGUGA